AUGAAGACAAUCUUGACGGGAUCAACAGGGUUUAUCGGCGGAGAGAUCCUGGAGCAAUGUGCUGCUCAUGCACAAAUCACAUCGACUGUGGUCCGCUCGCAGCGUGCGCUACCUGACCCGACUGCGCUCAGGCCUAGUGGUGUGCUGCAGAAGCAGAAAUAUGGCAUUAUCACGGCGAGAUGCCCUAACAAGUUCGUGAUCGGUGCAGAUGAGCUGGCGGCGGCAAUGAUCGAAAUCCGUUUGAAGGAAGAUUCUAAGGAGAGGAUAGUUCAUACAGCUUUGUUGGAGAAGGAAAAGCUGUGCUCUGGAAAGCCAAGUGAUCAUUUCGAGACCGACCUGAUCACUGUUGUACGCUUCGUGAUCGGAGGCUGCGUGGACUCGCACAGUAGUAAGACAACGAAUGCCGUGAUGAACUCCCGUAUUAAAAGGCUUUUAAGACUGCGCCAUUCUGUUAAAAACUGCACUAUCGCUAGUCUCUGUGAUCGCUGGGGGGAGGACAGACCGCGGAAUCGGCCUGUGCACGUAGCACUGUUAGACGAAUCGCAAUAG